AUGGGAUUUUUUUUUUCAUCAAGGUUAACCAUCGAGGUGGGUGAUAAGGUAGAGGAGUUCGGAAAAGACCUCGGAGUGGUACGUUUGGGUUGGUGCCUCGGUUGCUGGAUAGAUUGCGCUCGAGUGUAUAUUGGUCUGUUAUCAUCUUGUUAA